AUGUCUUCCUCAGCAGCCACGGACGUUGCGGUUGCACCAUGGCGCCGUCUCUUCCUCUCGCAUAUUUCCAAAAUGGACUCCCCAGAGUUUGUUUUCAGUACGCUUAGCCUAGCCGAUCCCAACGAAUCUGCAACACCGUAUGUCCCAAGAGCGCGAUACUGUAUAUUCCGAGGCAUGUGGGGAGAGCUUCCGGCGAAUAGUUACAAUGAUGCACCGAAAAACGAACGGAACUAUCAGAGCGAUUUACCUACCCUAACGACCGAUGUCAGGAUGCACAAGAUCCCCGAGAUCUUUGCAAGUUCGGCAGGCCACGAGGACUCGAGCCAGACCGAGAGUCAGGGUUGUGAUGGGGGUGGAGCGGUUGAAGCUGUAUUCUGGGUGAAGGAGGCCAUGACACAAUGGAGAUUCCGCGGGAAGGCCUACGUCGUCGGUCCAGGCAUCGAAGGGCCAGGUGAGGAUCCCAUUGGAGUGAGAAUGGUGAAAAGGGAGAUUGGCAAACGAAUGAAGGUUAUCAAGGAAGCAGGAAGGGAAAGCUGGAGCUGGGCCACAGAGCUUACGGCCCAUUUUGGGAAUCUAAGCCCGACAAUGAGAGGCACAUUCAAAAACCCAGCGCCAGGCAGCCCGAUGUCACUUCCACCUACGGACAAGUCUCUUAGAUUAGGACAGCAAGUCAGUGAUUUGGAGGAUCCGGUUGCAAGGAAGAAUUUCAGAGUGGUUAUUAUCAAGCCGGACGAGGUGGAGAGAGUUGAUCUCAGCAACCCCGAGCGGGUUCAGCGAUGGAAGUUUACCUACGUCAGUCCGAAGAGCGGACCCUUGGACCAACGCCGAGAGGGUGUUGGUGAGUGGAAAACGGAAGAACUCUGGCCAUAA